AUGAAGAAACUGAAUAUUAGCGGUGGUGAACCGUUCCUGAAGCCAGACUUCAUUGGCGAAAUUUUCCGCUUUUGCAAAGAGGAACUCCAUCUCGAAUCCUGCUCUGUGGUGAACAAUGGAUCAAAAGUUACAGAAAAAUGGAUGGAUACCUACGGCCGUUAUUUGGACGUCAUGGCUAUAUCCUGCGACAGUUUCGAUGCCGAUGUUAACGUGCAAAUUGGCCGCUCUGAAAAGGGCACUGGUAACCACGUCGGUCGCGUGUUCCAAGUUGCCGAAUGGUGUCGUAGAAGAGGUAUCGAAGUGAAGAUUAAUACGGUUGUAACGAGGCAAGUUGUUUCUCGAAUACGGAUAUGGCACCGCGAUAAAAUGCUUACUUGA